GUACGACAUACCGGUUUCCAGUAGGGCGAGAACCAUACCCUUCGUUAUUUUUCCCUCUUUUCUGCUUUUUAGCGUGUCGAGUCAUGUUGAGAUGCUGGUCGUCUCUCUUAUAAUAUCGGAUCUUUCUUUAGGUAAGUUCUAUCGACUUCAUGUAAACGGAUCAUCAUAUUUCAAACACAUGGCUUUAAAAAAUGGUUUAAUGAAAAAAAAAAAAAAAAGAAAAAAAAAAGGUGGAAAGGAGCAUAUGGAUGGACGAAAGGUUUCUCAUUUCUCAUUGCUAACUCUUUGCUCUGCAGAUGUUUCCUAAUAGAAUGUCUAGGGGGCUCCCUUCUUAUAUGCUACUCUUAAUAAUCGCACUCAUUUACACCGUAACAGCGGCGCCCCUAAAUUCGCCGGGAGGCCUCGAUUCUUUCGUUCCCAGUUGCGCAAUUCAGUGUUUCGAUUCAUUCCUCAAUAUCAGCUAUGGAGAUCAAACUGCGAGAACGUUGGCAGCGCUUUGCCCCCUCAUUGGAGCAUAUGGAUUCACAAUCGGAGAGGCGGCCGUCCAGUGUCUGGUCGCGGAGAGAGCAGCAGGAGCUUGUUCGAAUCAGGUCGCAAGCAAUGCGAUGAUUGAUAAAGCCUACUUUAUGUGUUUUGGUCAGCCUAGUGCUCUGUCGCCCACUCACACCGUCAUCACAGCUACCCUUGCUAUGCCGCUUUAUGGCACAGGGCCGAUUACGUUCCCAGCAGUUGCCAAGACUAGCCACCAGACGAUUCCGACAGCAAUUUCCAGAGAGACUCGGUCAUCGGUAUCGCUUCCUACAACGCUAGUUACAGAUACGACUUCGUUAUCUAAGCCCAGGCCGUCUAUGACUGAAUCCACAGCCAAGCCUACGGCUACUACCACGAUUAGACGAACAACCAAGCCAUCGACUACCUUGUUUAGAUCGUCGACGUCGUCUCAGGUCGAGAUUUUAACAACUGAUCCAACAGGCUUGGCAUUCACUAGGACUACCGCAGCCACAACCGAGACCAGUACCAGUACCAAUGUUCCCGAUGGCAUAGUUGGCGGACAGGAUGAAAAGAAGGCCUCGGCAUCUCUCAGCAAUGGACAAGUAGCUGGCAUUGCUAUCGGCUGUAUUAUCGGCGCAGGACUUAUCGGCGUUGGAAUUGCAGUCUUCUGCCGCCUUCGAAGGAGAAGAUCUCAGUUUGGUAGAAAGAUGAGAAAGGAUGGACGAAAACUGAGAGAUUCGUGGGGCCCAGAAAAGCCCAACGGCGGCGGAGGUACCGACUCAUGGAUUGUGAAUCAACUUCGAGCGCCUCUCGAUCCUGGCCCCGUGCCUACUCCGACAAAAUCCUGGUAUAACCGAGCGAGCUGGAGGCCUAGCGCCAUUGGACUGGCAAUAUCACCUGCACGCACAAGAGACGUAACUCGGGCAACGACGCCAACAUCGGCGAGGCCACUUUCUAAACUGCUUCCAGCUAAACCAGUCAUGGGCCAAGGACCACCCAGGCUGGAAGUAUCGCUGCCUAGUCGAGACGGAGACUCUCACUUCGGUGCCGCAGCAUUCAUGGGCACGGCCGCAGCCGGUGCCGCUUCAGGAGCUGUCAUGAGCGGUGCCAUGGCUACGUCCUCAUCGCCCAAACCUGCACCUCUAUCCAAAGCACGGCCUAUGGUGCAGCCCGCGACUCGUGAGCCAACGGUGGCCAAGCAGUUGACCCAAACUCGAAAUCUUACACCCCCUCGAAUCGUGAUACCCCCUCCGAAUAUUGCAUCUCCUCGGAGCAAGCCUCAAUCGCCUUUACUGAAGCUCAUCAUCCCAAAGAAAGGGGCCUUCAAACCCUUUGUGCCCAUACCCGUCACCAACACAAGGCAUGAUAGUUCAACUACGGAGUUUGAGGAGGAUGGUAGGACGUCGCUUUCACCGGGUGGCCAAAUCUGGAGGCCACCUUCGGCCGAUCCUCUCUCGGCGGCCCCUUAUUACGUUGCGGAUAGGAAUGGUAACUGGAAACUUGGCGACCCAAGACGAGCUCAGGAGAUUGCAGAGCUCGAGGCCUCCAUAAGCCCAUUGACGGCCGCUCCUAGGUCUGCAGCGCCCAAGUUGGUCGCCGGCCUAGGAUUAGCCUCGGGAGCAGCUGAGGCUUUGGAGCUUGUAAAAGCUGCAAGUAGACGAGAGGCAACCAAAGCAGCCGCGAAAAUCAAGGCUGCUGAACAAUCCAGGGAAGACAGCCUGGGCAUAAGAAUGGCCCCGGAGAAAACGAUCCGAGCCGUUGAACCAUCGCUUUCUUCAGACGAAGAUAUUCAAGAGCAGGAACAAGACCAACAACCAUAUGCCCCGCGGCCUCUCUUCUCAAACAACGGUAACAGCAGCAACGCCCCUCGCCGCUUGUCAUCCCACCGUCGGUCUUCGACACGGUCUCUGACCCGUCCCCGAAUUACUUCUACCGAUAGCGGCGUGACCACUUUUUCAACUUCCACAGAAGACGAUGCUGAGUUGAGAUCACCACCCGGAAUGGAGCAGCUGGGCAGCCUCUCUCCUGUAGUUGAGUCUCCGCGGUCUCUACGACCUCGAAGGGGUCAAUCGCCGACGCAAUAUCCAAAGAUCCCAGCCAGCCUCAACGCCGCGAUACCCUCCUCAGGAAACUUGAACAUUGACAUGGCCACUUCCAAGGGCGGAAAUGCAGCUGCGCCUCCCACCAAACCUGCUGCUACAGCUGAUCGCCCUGCGCAGAAAAGCCCAGGUUUUGGAGCACCGCUCGCCGCUGGCACCAUGUCUUCGAAUGACGACAAGACAAAGCAACAGGGGAAGAGGCCCAUGGGUAGUGAUGCCGUGGGAACUCCCAAUGCCAUCAGGACCGGCUCGCCAAUGAUGAGAAUGGAAAGUUCAACGUCACGACCAGAUGAACGAUACCAGGGGUCGCGCAGUCAAGCAUCCCAGCAGCCCAAUCCGUCCAUGUUCGUACAGCCAAACGCCUCUUCUCGGCCAUACCCCCGGCAGCAAAACCAGCAAUAUCCUGCACCGGCUUACCAAAGGCCGACGGGCGCAAACAACUACCACAUCCCAUACCGGCUCCCUCCUCACCCAUCUGCCUACAGGCCUAAUAUCGAUUCCUCUGGCUAUCCGUAUCAGACUCGCCUCCCAGAGUUCAACCAGGGCCCUUUGACUUACAACAUGCCCUAUGCGCCUCAGCCAAACAGAUACCCGCACCACCACCCGCGACGCAUGCCGCCACAACAGCAGCAACAGCAGCAACAGCAGCAACACGAUUUCUACCUCCAACAACCUCCCCCCUCCGCCUCCUCCCACUACCCAAGCGACAUCCCCCAAGGCCCCCUCCUCACCAGCACAAGCACCACCUCCAGCACCGACUCCCAGUCGUCCUCCCUGCUCGCCAAACGCCUCGGCACCUCCCGCGCCGCCAACAUGGCCCUCCCUGUCCCCCAGCCCAUAACAACCUCAUCCUCGCAAAACAAAUGGCUCCGCCAGGGUCAGCAAAGCCAGCAAGGCCAGCAAGGCCAGCAGCAGCAGCAGCAGCAGCCAUCCACGCCGAAAAUGCCUCCGCCGCCACAGCAGCCCGCCGAGUUGCCCGCAACGCCCGUGUGGAAGCCGCGUUUGACGCCUACGAGGCGCGGAGAUGACUUGUACUUGAUUGCGCGAUAGAGGAAGAAGAAACUGGCUAUAUUUUCUCGAAUUCCUUACCUAUCACGUAUAUAUAUAUAUAUCACAUUCAUUUCGGCACCAUGUACACAUAUCAAGUCAAGCGGAAGAACACGACUUUGAAGAAUGGAUAAAAAGGAGAAGAGAAGAGAAGAGGGGUCAUCAUUGGGUUUAUGAAAUUGGUUUCUUUCUUUGUUUGUUUGCUACCCUCUAAUUUUUCUGUCUUUUAUUCUCCCCAGUUACUCUCACAUGCUAUGCUUUGUUAUGACAUCUGGUUGAAGAACACCAAGCAGUUAUGUAUAGCUAAUAUUUCCUUUCUUUUUUCCCCCUCUUUGUGGCAACUGGCCUACAGGAGAGAACUUCAUGUACAAUAGAUAAAUACAGCGCAGGGAGAGUCCUCAUUUCAUUAGUAG